CUGCAGUCAGUUUCCUUCAUCACUCUCGCGCGUACGGCCAUCUUCCUUCAGCUCGAGAAGAUAGUUUCUGCAGUCAUGGCCGACUACUCUAGCGUGGCUCCACCGUCCUCAAACGCCGGUGGAGGAAUGAACGAUGCUUUUAAAGACGCCCUUCAGAGAGCCAGACAAAUUGCUGCAAAAAUAGGAGGUGAUGGUGUACCCCCCUCUCCAGUAUCCAAUGAGUUUGGUUAUGGAGGACAGAAAAGACCUCUUGAAGAUGGCGAUCAACCAGAAACAAAGAAGGUUCCACCAAGCGAUCCUUUUUCAUCUGUAAUGGGAGGCAUGGGUGGCCCACCAAGGACCUUAUCAGAGGAGUUCAAGGUUCCUGAUGGCAUGGUUGGCUUCAUAAUUGGAAGGGGAGGAGAACAGAUUUCAAGAAUACAACAGGACUCAGGUUGCAAAAUACAGAUUGCUCCUGACAGUGGUGGCAUGCCUGAGAGGUCAGUGACAUUAACGGGCUCACCUGAUUCAAUCCAGACUGCAAAGAGGUUGCUCUCAGAGAUUGUAGAGAAAGGUAGACCAUCUCCAGCAUUCCACCACAAUGAUGGACCAGGGAUGUCUGUUCAGGAGAUGAUGAUCCCUGCCUCCAAAGCUGGUCUGGUCAUCGGAAAAGGAGGAGAAACUAUCAAACAGUUACAGGAACGUGCAGGGGUCAAAAUGGUCAUGAUUCAAGAUGGACCCCAAAAUACAGGGGCUGAUAAACCACUUCGAAUCUCUGGCGAUCCUUUUAAAGUCCAGCAAGCUAAAGACAUGGUGAUGGAUCUGAUCCGAGAUCAGGGUUUCCGGGAACAGAGAGGAGAGUAUGGUUCUAGAGUGGGCGGUGGAGACAGUCUGGAUGUUCCCGUGCCAAGGUUUGCAGUGGGGAUUGUGAUUGGCAGGAAUGGUGAAAUGAUCAAGAAGAUUCAGAAUGACACUGGUGUGAGGAUUCAGUUCAAACCAGAUGAUGGCUCCACACCAGAGAGGAUCGCUCAGAUUAUGGGGCCUCCAGACAGGUCACAGCAUGCAGCAGAUAUCAUAUCUGACCUGCUGAGAAGUGUGCAGGCCGGGGGCCCCCCUGGUCACGGGGGCAGAGGGAGGGGCCGUGGACAGGGAAACUGGAACAUGGGCCCUCCUGGAGGCCUGCAGGAAUUCACUUUCACUGUGCCUACCAUGAAGACAGGCCUCAUUAUUGGCAAAGGCGGUGAAACCAUUAAGAACAUCAGCCAGCAGUCAGGAGCCAGGAUAGAGUUACAAAGAAACCCUCCACCUAAUUCAGACCCUAAUAUAAAGAUCUUUACAGUCCGUGGAUCACCCCAACAGAUUGAUUACGCCAGACAGUUAGUCGAGGAAAAGAUUGGAGGUCCAGUUAGCCCUAUGGGUGGUCCUCAUGGUCCUCCUGGGCCCCAUGGAGGUCCUUCUCACGGCCCUCCCGGUCCACCAGGACCACCUGCUCCCAUGGGCCCAUACAACCCUGGGCCCUAUGGUCAGGGCCCUCCUGGACCACAUGGUCCCCCAGCACCAUACCAGCCUCAAGGCUGGGGCAACGGAUAUCCUCAUUGGCAGCAAGGACAGCCAGAUCCCACAGAUAAAGCUGCAGCUGAUGCUAAUGCUGCCGCAUGGGCAGCCUAUUAUUCUCAGUACCAGCAGCAGCCCCAGGGCCCCAUGACACCAACGUCGGCAGCCCCUGGCACAUCCCAAACCAAUGGACAAGGUGACCCGCAAGCUCCAGGUCAAAGUGGACAGGCAGAUUACACCAAGGCCUGGGAGGAAUAUUACAAGAAAUUGGGUCAAGGACAGCCUCAGCAGGACUACACAAAGGCAUGGGAAGAGUACUAUAAGAAACAAGGUCAAGCUGCACCUCAGGCGGCUGCAGCGGCAGCGGCGUCUCAGCCGGGAGGUCAGCCAGAUUACAGUGCAGCGUGGGCAGAAUACUACCGCCAGCAGGCAGCUUACUAUGGCCAAGGCGCCCCUCAGGCGAUGGGAGCUGCACCCCAGGCUCAGCAGGUACACUCCCAUUAAAACACUCGGCUCUUUGCCUUUUGCUCUCUUCACUUGAUGUGCAUGUGUACAUGUCCCCUCCCCCUUUCUUUUUUUCCCCCCAUAACAUUUACUUCGACAGGUUCAGCAGGUUUCCAGAAGAGUCAUCGAUACGACACAUAACCAAACUCUUUCCUCCUCAAACAGGCUUUUUAUCUUUUUUUUUUGGGAGGGUGUUGGAUAAAUGUUUCUGCUCUUAACAUGUUGUGUAUUUCUUAUGUAUUUCUUCUGCACAGGGCCAGUAAUGUGAAGUGGACAUAAAGUAAAUGCUACAUUGUCAGAAAAAACCUUUGUUAAAUGUUUGGAUGCAGACGCCAUGAUGAAGAUCUUUAUUUCAUUGGUUUGAGUGUUUAAGCUAGAUCGCAGACCAGCUCCAAAGUCAAGUAUAAAUAUAUAUAUAUAUAAUUUUUUCCUUUUUGUUUUGCCACUCUUGUAAAUGAACGGUUUGUUUUUAGUCAGGUAAUUUUGGUCAUUCCAGCUCCUGUAUCUCCUGUAUUUCAUGUAGUUCUGAGACUAAACUUUAGUCAUUUUCCAUGUAAAUCAUCUCAGUUUUAAUAUGAUAUGCCUGUUGUGUUUUGCAAUAAAACAAUGAAACCUCCUGUGUUGGUAAGUGGGGUGCAAAAGUGGGGAAUGUUUUGUAAAAAUUUAAUUUCCUGUUUUGGAUAUUGGGGGUGGUAUGCAGAUUUCCGGAACAAAAAUGUUGCUCUUGUUUUUUUUUUUUUUUAGUUUUUUUUUUUCUUCUUUCAACUGUCUUAUUACCCUUGAUUUUUAGUUUGAUUCCUGGUCUAUUUUAAAGUCACAAGUAAGAGAUCAUUGAUCAUUUGACAUUGCUUGUUUGACACAUGGACAGCUCUGUUUUUAUGCUGCAUUUUUUUUAACUGGUCAUUGCUGUGGAUGUAGGUGUAGGCAGGUUAUCUAAGGCAAGGUGGCUUGGUGUUGGCAAGGUAUGUGACUCAUGCAAUAACUCUUCAGUGCUGUAGUGUUGCUCAUUCUUGUAUUGCAUUUUUACCUGGUUUGUUGAGGUAGUGUGCACUGUUAAUGAGAGACAUUUCCUCCCUCACAGGCAAGAUUAGGAAGGCGGUAAGCAAGUAUGCGUCUUUACAUAAACUGUUCCUUUUUAUAUUGUGACUGCGAUCAUGUUGCAAGUAUUUUAGUUUGUUCUCCAAGUUUGCUGCUUUUUUACAGGGCAGGUCAAGUGUUCUGAUCAACAGUUAUGUCUUGCGAAAUUACUUGUCCCCAUCCUAUAUUUUACAUGUCUAAAAUCGACAAAUUGUGUAUAUAUUUCUACCAAUAUUGCUGGCAUUUUAAAAACCAUUUUGAUACGAUUAAAAAAAGCUCGAAUGCGAACAUGGACUACUUUUUUGUCUGCCCCAUUGUCUAAGCAUUCCUCCAAUAUAGGCCUAUAGGUUUUUGGAGACUCUGGCCUCCUUCACCAGUGAAAUGAGCUCUCCACUGUAAGUACAAAAUGUACAUGAUUUUGCGGCCCAAUUUGUUUUUUGCUGUCAAUGCAUUGUCUUUGACCGAAUGAAACGCAAUGUAUAUAAAUCGCUAAAUGUUGCCCUUUUUUGGGUAAGUAUGUCAGGGCUGUAAUUUUGAUUUGACAUGUUCAAGAUAAUAAUGACCUGACCCUAUUUCACAUUGGACUGUUACUUUUUUUGCCAUAACAGCAUUGUGUGAUAUUUACAAAUUGAGACAUUGCCAUGUUGACACCUGCUUUAGUCAUUUAAGACUUGUCUCUCAGACUUCUCCUAUGAAACUGUGAACUGUACCACUGUGCUCAAGUCAGUCCGUCUGUAGGCACGGCAACUUUUUCCAUCUGCGAAUGUGUGGUUUAACAUUGACUAGACAUGUAAAUUGUCUUUUUGUGAAUUGACAAGUGUUUCAUAUGCUGCAUAGCCCAUUAAGACCGUCAGCAAAUGGCCUCUUUCAAAUGUUAAUUAGUAUUAAUGUCCUAUUUCUAAAUCUGUGCCUGACCUGUUUGUGAUUAAGGUCAUUGAGGCUGUCGAUUUGAUGCAAGUUUUUUUUAUUUCGACUGUUCAUUAGUGAGCAGUGCAAUGUCUAAUCUUGCAGUGUCAUCCCUGACCUUGCACCUUAGGUUCUGCAGCAAUAACACAGGUAAGAGUAUCCUAAGAAAUUGAACCUGUGAUCUAGUGUAAUGCUUUUCACCUUUGAAACUGAGGUCAAUUUGUGCCGCUGUUUAAAUGAAGGAUGUCUCUCAUAGUAGAUAGACUGACGUACAUCACAUGUCAGAAUUAAGAUCUCUUAGACGUAUGUAUUCUUUUUUUUUUUCCAUAUGAAUUGCAUGGCCUUGACCUGUAGUUCACAAAUGUUUUCCUCUGUUGAAAUCUAACUAGAAUUAUGCUUUUUUUUUUUUUUUUUCUAAUUGAAACAAAUGUGAUUUUGAUUUGCUCAUUUGUUAGCUUCCUGGUAAGUCUGUUUAGUGUGGUUCUGUUCUACUCUUACACAAUGCAUGCAGAUGCAAAAUGAUCCAGAGUUAGCUCUAUGAAUGCACUCACUGAUAAAUGACGUAUACUGUAUGUAUGCUCAUGUUUCAUUGGUUUGCAAGCUUUCUUGUUGCCCCUCUGUAGUGCUAAUGUUUGUCCCACAUUGCUGCCUUCAUUCUCACUCACAGUGUUGAAGAUGCUGCAGGCGUAGUUCGUAGAAUCAGGUCCUGAGCUAGUUUGUCCGUAAGGAGGAAUCCUUUGAGUCUGUCCCUCCGCUGAACGUAGACUGUUCAAGGGCUCCAAUUAUAAGGUAAAAACAAAAUCCUGAGGAAUCUGUCAUUGCAAAGUCAAUGUUAUUGUUAGUUUAGGGUGAUGCCAGUUAGCUUUGAUUAUAGAAAUGUAGUUAUAUGCCUCUGUAUUAUUGGUUGACUAAUGGUUCUAUGAAAUGUUUUGAGUACAUUCUUUGCCUUUUGUUGAUAAGUGUAGGGAUUUUAUGUGCAUCAAUGCUGUACAGGUGGACCAUGACCAGGAACUUUUUUUUUCUUUUCAGUAGACAUUUGCCAGGCUGGUUUUUGUUUGUUAAACAGAGUUGCUUUAAACCUAGUCUUUAUCCAUUGCUGCAUAUCGUUUUGUAUGCAUGCAAGAUGUUUCCUUUGAGCAAAUUGUUCACAACAGAAUUCGUGGGGGUCUAAAAACGAAGAGAAAAUCGGAGGCUAUCUGAGAAAUUUGGAGCAUGCCUUUGAGGUAAAACUAUCAUGAACUGUUAAAAGUUGUUGAAUGUAAUUUUGAUUUUUGCUGAAACUUGUUGGUCUGAAAUGUUAAAGACUGUUGCCAUUGUCAUCAAUAAAAUUGUAAUCAUUAAAAUUGGCUUUAAGAUUUU